UUUGACACGAGAACCCAACGAAGCGAGUCAGUCAGUGGUCAGCAUCACGGACAUAGACAUCACACUCAUGCAGACUAUACCACAAGGACACACACACACACACACAUCCAUCCAUCCAUGUCGUCGGCUGGCUGACCCGCAGGCUGCGGCUAAGUCGAUAGAAGAGCGCCUUGUCUGCUGACAGACCGGCGCGGCGAAAGUGUCUCAACAACCAAGGUAUGCCCCUCCUCCUAACCACCCCGCUAAGCCGAGUGCCGGGACUGGCCGCCCCCACUCUGCCGCUGGUCUCUCUCAUCGUCCGUACGACUCUUACCAUCCCUCGGUGGUCUGUUCCUCUUGGCCCCUCCCCGCUGCCCCCUCUCCCUUUGUGUCGCUCCUUCAUGCUGGCUGCAUGGCGAGGCCUUCCUCCUCCGACCAUCGGCCGAACCAUCUUCUCUUCCGGGCGGCUUCCUGUGUGGGGCGUUAAGGAUGCGGCGCGACCGAAUCGACGACAGCGGCCGACUCGCCUGGGGUGGGACCUGCUGCUGCUGGUGCUGGUGGCCGUCAGUAUCGCUGAGACACACGCUUGCCGCCUCCUCCUGCUCGACGGGCGGCCGUGUGGUGCUGCUCGUCGCCACAUACACCGCACGAUGCUCUCCCUUGGCCCCACCGGCGCCCCUUCUCUCUGUGAGGCCUCGCGGGUCGGCCGUGCAGCCGCUGGUUGGGUGUGUGUGGGGGGGGAGGGAGACGGGAGGGGCUGGCCGAUAUACCGGGGGCGAGUGAUGAUGCGGCGGCAUGGGGGGAGGCAGCAAAGGGGGAGGGGGCGGGGGUAGGGCAUCACUCUCGGCAUAGUGGGGGUCGAGGAAGCCUCCCAUCCGCAGCGAUGUGCCGAGAGCCGCACCCAGGGCCCCCGCAUGGGCGAUGGCCGAGGCCGAAUCACAGUGCGAUGGACGGCUGACCGGUGGGGGGACUGUGGCUGGGACGCAUCGCAUCGGCUGAGAAGCCAUGCUCCAAUCUCCACACAUGGAUGGCCCGUCUUCCCACGCCGCAGAAGGGGCGAAGAACGCGCCAUUGUCCUGGUGCACCCAGCCCUGCUGCAGCUGCACCGACCGCAGUCGUGUUGGUGGCGGCCCACAGAGAGGGGGCGGUGGUGGUGGUGGUGGGGGCGGCACUGGCUGCCGCAUCGGGGGAGGCGAUGGCCUUCUCCCCUUCUGCUGCCCUUCCCACCUCCUCGGCCGUAUCCUCGCACCCUGACGCGGCGCUGGGCCAGGUGCCUCUGUCUCCCUCUCACUGUGCAGCGACGCCGAGCGCACGAGCAUGGGGAGGGCGGCCUGCUCUGUCGUGGACGGAUUGGGGCACAGCAGCACGUCCACAUUCGAGUUGACGGAGAGGGUGCGGUGCCAGUCGAGGUAGAGGUAGGGGCGAGAAGGGGGGGCGGUGGGUGGCGAGAGGGGCUGGAUCUCGCACAGGACGCCCUCGUGGAUGCGUGUGACGAUACUGCAAAAGACAGGCAGGCAGGCAGGCAGGUUUGUGGUGAGUGAGUGAGCUGCCGUCCGUGGCAUUCAUUGAUAUUCCUGCCUUUGUCUCCCACCCUUUGGUGGCGCUUGCGCGAUUCUUGAGGCUGACAUGCUUCUUGACGCUGUCGAGUGGCGGUGGAGGGUACAAACUGCACAUACAAACGACAAAGCCGGUCAUUGUUUGUACCAUCCAUCCAGGUGCCAAAAGAUGUACCUCUCGAGCAGCGUCCGCAGCUCCACGCUGACGCAUUCGUCAUCGCCUUCGCCAUCCCCCUGCUGCUGCUCUGCCUGGCCGUGGUUGCCAUCUGAUGUAGCCCCUAAUGUCCCCGGCGGCAGCCGACUUGGCGGCAGCGGGAGACCUGCGGCACAGGCGGAUCGAGAGAAAUGGCUUCACCCCCAUGGCCACACUCAGUGUGCUCCUCACCUAGCCUUCGUGCCAGAAAGCAAUACAGGCGAUUCCUGCAAACACACACGCCAGGCAGCCCCUUCGCUGCUGACAACGCCCUCUUGUGUUUUGUCCUUUUGUUCACUCACCAUAGGCGGAGGAUAGCCUCUUCUCGUGGACUCAGAGACCCCAUCAAAGCGGUGGUAUCGCUGUCGCCCUCAGGGCUCGAUGACGAAGCCGCACAAACUGGAAGCUGAUCAGGGGACUCAGAAGAAGACGACUCACAAACACUCCCACAGUUUCUGAGUGGAAUGAAGAGCCAAGAGCGCCAUGUUUCGUGAAUGUGUGCAUUCCCAGUGUCUGUCGGCUUUACUUGAUGAGUCCAGUGCUGCACGCAGGGCAGAAUGCAAUGGUGCCAUGGCGCAGCGUCACGGGCUUCCACUUGCGCCGGCACAGCACGUUGCAGCACACACGGUACCCCCUCCCCCCACUCCCCCCACUCCCCCCUGGCCCCCUGCCCUCCCCAGCACAGUGAUCACUGCUCGCGGCCUCUGCUGCUGGUGCUGGUGCUGCUGCUGCUGCUGCUGCUGCUUGGCUACACAGCCACCGGCGAUAUGUGGAUGUGCCGCUCAUGCGAGGAGGGGUGGAGGGCCCGCUGACGGCCUCCUCCUCCCCUGGCUGACGGUGGUUUCCCUGCUGCUCGCGUGGCUUCUUGCCGCGACACGCCGGGCAGCGGUAUGGCUUCCCAAAUCGCACCAAAUCGGCCACAUCGAAGUCCCGAUCGUCCUCAGGCGGGAUGCAACGACAUGCCGUGCACGCCAAGGUCUCCAGAAACACCAACCUCAGCCCGCCCUCCACACUGGCCACGAUUGCAGGGUGGCCGCCCACGUCCAGCCGCAGGCCGGGCUGCAGCGGGAGGCUGACGCCGCCACCUGUGCCCAUCAGGCCGUUGCGGGCGGUGCCGUUGACGCUCACCUUUCCCUGGCGGCUGCUGCUGCUGCUGCAAUGACGGCCGGACUCCUCUCGGCUGACCGGCGGAUGGCACAUGUUUGUGGAAGGCGCGUUGAUGGCUGCUGGGUCGUCAGCUGAUGGCUCCAUUAGGUUGCGGGGAGGGAUGGGGAGGUAUUGGGAUGGCUGGGAUGGGCAUACACCAUGAUGGAACAACUCUCCUUCCUUCAGAUGACGGCUGAACUGUUACACAUGAGAUGAAAGGAUAAAAGCCACAAUUGAUGCAUGCCGUUGAAGGAUGGAUGGAUGCCGAGGGAGAGAACUUGCUCGACCGCUCUUGAUGCCUCGAUUCGAUGAGUAUAGCUCUAUCGCCGAUGCACUAUGGACUCCACGACAGACGCCUCGCCAUCACCAUGUCACCAGUCGUCUC